UUGAGCCAGUUCGUUCGUCGAGAUCGAACGGGAUCAUGGUUGCAGUGAGCACGCUUCUCGGGGUGUUGCAGGAGCUGGACACGGGGGGGAAGACGGCCCGGCGCAAUGUGGCAACCAGCUGGUGCUCACCUUACUAAUUUCUUGUGUCACCUUGCCAACCGCGUGCGCACCACCGUCGGCGACAUCCUCAGCGACUCGUCCGUCGUCCUCGGCGAAGACGAUGCGGCCAUGAUGCGGAACGCACUGUGCAAAAAGCUCAUCGCCGCACUCGACGACGCGGUCGAUCUCAUCAACUCUUGCAGCCGACAGAGCCGCUGCUUCUCCAGCUGCGUGACCUGCAGAGGCAGGAGGGCCGCCAGGUUCCUCGAAAUCGACAUGCGCAUCGCCGCCUGCGCCCAGGACCUGGGCCUGGGCAAGCAGCUGCAGGUCUCUGCCGGCGUUAACGGUCACGAUCGUCCACGCCGCGGCUGCGCCAAAGCCACAAGAACCGGCUCAUCGCCAUCGUUGACACUAGAGCCGAGCGGCUACGCAAGGAUGAUGCGAGGUGACCGUGAGCAGCAAGGCGGUAAGGCCGAAGAUAGCCAGAUGAGAGGGGAUCGAAGCUGUACCGGACGUGGCGCCAUUGUCAGGCCGCUAGGCUCCUGGUCCAGUGCGCUUCGCUUCGCUGCCUGCGCAACGAGACUCGGGCCGUUGGGUUCCCAAUCCAAUGUGCUUUGGUUUUCCCCCUACGACUCGUGGCCCAGUGGGCUUCGCUUCGCUACCUACACAGCCAGGCUCGGGCACUAGGUUCCCCGAUCCGCUACCUACGCAGUCGGGCACGGGCCGCCAGGCGGGUGAGCCACAGCCGAAGGUGCCGACACGUGUCAACGUCAUGCCGAU